AUGUGCCACUUUGUGGGUCCCCAGGGAGUCUCGACCGGGGAUUCUCAUGACAUCCAGUACUACAUCCACAAACUUGAGGCCCGUGUGCAGCAGUUGUCGAAUGGGAAUCCCUUGCCUCCGGCACAACAACCACCACAACCACCACAACCACCACAACAGUUCCGUGCAGACAUUGCUUGGACCCCAGGCUUGCUGCCAGCAGAGCCUCAGUCCCUGACUCAUACAGCGGAACCGAUUUCCGAACCGCAGGCGGAGUUCCCAGGCACUAUCUCAAUUGAACACGAUGGUACAAGCUACCAUAAUCCAACACAUUGGCAAGCUGUGCUGGACGAGAUUGCCGAGGUCAAGGAGUUCCUUCAGAUGCACGAGAAUACUUCUCCCGAGGAGGUGGAAGAGGAGGAUGUAGUCCCGGAUGUUUCGGGCCCUGUACUGCUAUUCGGAAACUCCAUUCCCUCAACUAUCUCGGAGCUCCUUGCCGCUUUGCCCGUUCGAUCCAUGGCAGAUAGGUUGGUAUCGGCCUAUUUGAAUUCGAAAGAGUCCCCUCUGGUGCUUAUACAUACUCCAACAUUCACCCGAGAGUAUACUGCUUUCUGGAAGAACCCCCAGAGCGCAUCCAUUAGUUGGCUAGCCUAUCUCUACACUAUCCUCAGUGCGGCCGCCGGACUGCACCUGUUCACCACGGCUGGCAGGGCGGAGGGUCAUUUUGCAGAAGCAUUCGAUGAGUAUUUCCGCUUGGCGUCGCAAUGUCUCACCAUGGCGGAGUAUACGAGACCGGGACGAUACAAAUUGGAGACUCUCAUUUUGAGCAUCUGUUGUGAGAUUCUCAGAAGCACCGACACCCACGUCGGGCCAUCCAUCCUGCUGGGGUUGGCCACUCGCUUGGCUAUUCAUAGCGGCUACCAUCGCGAUCCUGAACAUUAUCGCGAGAUCUCGGUGUUUGACGGCGAGAUGCGACGUCGGGUUUGGAUGUAUCUCUGUCUCCUAGACCACUACAUCUCGUGUCAGGCUGGCCUUCCCCCCACCACCGCGCAGGCGCAAUCCGAUACUCUGGAGCCGAGAAACUUGACAGAUGACGAUCUGGAUCCUUCGGCCACGACCUUACCUGCUUCCAGGCCUCCGACCGAGAAAACUCUGAUUCUCUUCCCGGUCGCUCUCAAUCGGGUGAUGUUUGCGGGAGCCGACAUUGCCCGCAAAGUUUGCUCGGUCAAAGGAGUCCCCUACCAGGAGGUGCUUGAGCUGGAUGCAAAGCUGCGAGGUCUCCACGCCAAUAUCCCACCACCUUUGCGGUUUCGCCCGCCGAGCGAGUCUAUCGCAGACCCUCCCACUACGAUUAUGGACCGGUAUAAUAUUGAUCUCAUGUAUCAGAAGGCUCGCUCAGACCUUCAUCGCCGAUAUCUUACCCAGCAUCGCCUAAAUCCCAAAUACGCAUAUUCGCGCCGGGAGUGCUUGGAUGCGGCCAGAAGGGUCCUGCAGCAUCAGUCCGAUAUUUUCAACGAGAGUUCACCGGGUGGGCAAUUAAACUACGCCUCCUUCUUCUUCUCGUCAUGUGUGAUUAUGCAUUUCCGCACAGCGGCAAUGAUUGUCUCACUAGAGAUCUCCUGCCAAUCGAGACAUGACCUCCAGCAGAGCCUGUCACCCGAUGCAAGGCAGGCCAUAUUGGUAGAACGACAAGCACUUUCCCAUGAGCUCGAGCGUUCCUACAAUAUUUGGAACCGCCUUCGCCAUCAAUCCAAGGAGGCAUUGAAAACUGCAGAAGCCUUGCGGAUCAUGCUGAAUGUGGCCAACACCCACCUACAGCACGGCGCAACACCUGGCAUAGAUGCACCUUCGCUGGCCCCCGUGGAUUAUGGAGUGACCAACGCCUUUGCUGAACUCGAACUCAUGCCUCCUCACCUCUCUUCGCCACCGAGCCAGAGUCAGAGUCCUCAGGGUACCCCAUUCGAUGUCAACCUGAUGGAUGCCACGUUCUAUUUGGGACAGAGCGUCGGGGCUCAACAUGCUCAAUUCAAUGCUCCUACCGACGCUGCGGAUUUCUUCGACCGCUACUGGGACAAUCUGAUGCUUCUUGGUGAUGGCCAAUCUUUUGGGGAGAUACCGACCGAUCCGAACACUGAUUUUGGGUCGAGUCAAUUCUAA